CUGGCUAACGGGACCAGCAUGCCAGCCAUGAGGUGGGUGGGAGGUCCCCCCAGCUUCCUGGCCAGCGUGAGGGGUGAUUGCAAGGCUGGGUCCUUACUCCCCUGCCCUGCCAUCAGCUUGCUGGCCUUCCUGGCCCUGCUGUGUGGCAUGGCAGCCGCAAUCCCGGCUCCCCGCUGGCCUGAGCCUAUGUUUGGGCGCCUGGCGUCUCCUGGCUUCCCAGGGAAGUACCCCAACCAGCAAGAGCAGAACUGGACCCUGGCGGUGCCCCCCGGCUACCGCCUGCGCCUCUAUUUCACCCACUUCGACCUGGAGCUCUCCUACCUCUGCGAGUACGACUUUGUCAAGCUGAGCGCGGGGACCAAGGUGAUGGCCACGCUGUGCGGUCACGAAGGCACUGACACGGAGCAGGUGCCGGGAAACACUGUCUUCCACUCGCCCCCGGGCGCCAACCUGGAGGUCACCUUCCGCUCCGACUAUUCCAACGAGAAGCCUUUCACCGGCUUUGAGGCCUUCUAUGCAGCCGAGGACAUUGACGAGUGCCAGGUGGGCCCGGAAGAGCCGCCUGCCUGUGACCACCAUUGCCACAACUACCUUGGUGGCUUCUACUGCUCCUGCCGCCCUGGCUAUGUGCUGCACAAGAACAAGCACACCUGCUCAGCGCUGUGCUCCGGUCAGGUCUUCACCGAGCGCUCCGGGGAGCUCAGCAGCCCGGAGUACCCCCGGCCGUACCCCGGACUCUCCAGCUGCACGUUCAGCAUCCUGUUGGAGGAGGGGUUCAGCAUCCUCCUGGACUUUGUGGAGUCCUUCGACGUGGAGACACACCCCGAAACCCCGUGCCCCUACGACUCCCUCAAGAUUCAAACUGGGAGAGAACUAUACGGCCCCUUCUGUGGGACAAAGCUGCCCCCCAGGAUUGAAACGAAGAGCAAUGUGGUGAACAUCACCUUCGUCACUGACCAGUCAGGGGACCACACAGGCUGGAAGAUACACUACACAAGCACAGCCCAGCCGUGCCCUGAUCCGAGGGCACCACCCCGUGGCCGCGUUUCGCCCGUGCAGGACCGGUACAUCCUGAAAGACCGCAUCUCCGUCUCCUGCGAGCCGGGCUACGAGCUGCUGCAGGGUUACUUGCCCCUGAAGGCAUUUACUGCCGUCUGUCAGAGAGAUGGAGCUUGGGACCGACCGAUGCCAGAAUGCAGCCUUGUGGAUUGUGGCCCUCCUGAAGACCUACCCAAUGGCCGAGUUGAAUAUAUCACGGGUCCAGAGGUGACCACUUACAAAUCUCUGAUUCAGUACAGCUGUACCGAAAACUUCUACACAAUGAGAACCAGUAAUGACGGUAAAUAUGUGUGAGAGACUGAUGGAUUCUGGACCAGUGCCAAAGGCGAAAAAUCACUCCCAGUCUGUGAGCCAGUGUGUGGCCUAUCAAGCCGUACUACAGGAAGUCGUAUAUAUGGAGGGCAAAACGCAAAGCUUGGCGAUUUUCCUUGGCAAGUCCUGCUGCUGGGAGAAACCAGCGCAGCAGGUGCACUCUUAUAUGAUGAGUGGAUCCUAACAGCUGCUCACGCCGUCUACGGGCAGAAAGACGAUGCACCCUCUUUGGACAUCAGAAUGGGUGCUCUGAAGAGACUAUCACCACAUUACACACAAGCCUGGGCGGAAGCCAUUUAUGUACAUGAAGACUACAGCCAUGAUGCCGGUUUCAACAAUGACAUAGCACUGAUUAAGCUGAAGCACAAAGUUGUAAUCAACAGCACCAUCAUGCCUGUCUGUCUGCCAAGUAGCAAUGCAGAAUCCUUCAUGAGGACAAAUGACAUUGGAACAGCAGCUGGAUGGGGAUUAACCCAGAGGGGUUUUCUUGCCAGAAGCUUAAAGUAUGUUGACAUACCAAUUGUUGACCACCAAAAAUGUACUGCUGCCUAUGCAAAGGACUCCUCGGCAGGGGCUAGGGUCACUGCGAACAUGCUCUGUGCCGGUUUAGAGGGUGGGGGCAAGGACAGCUGCAGAGGGGACAGUGGCGGGGCUUUUGUGUUUCUAGAUAACGAGACACAGCGGUGGUUUGUGGGAGGAAUAGUGUCUUGGGGCUCCAUUAAUUGUGGGGAAGCAGGGCAGUACGGCGUCUACACCAAAGUCAUUAACUACAUCCCCUGGAUCAAUAACGUAAUUAAUACAUUUUAAUUACAUAUUAAAAAACCCACGAAAGAGGUUAGCAGCAGUAUGGACACAGAAUCUUGGGCACAGCAGCCGUCACUUGUCCAACCACAGACAAGCAAACUGUACGUCAGACGGCCAUGACAGGCACAGCCUGGCCUGCCAGCCCAAGCCCGUCCCCUGUUAGACCCAAGGGGCGUAAACCAGCACGGCAAUAUUCUUACCAGCGCAGUGUAAGCUCACUGCCCAAUUUGCAUGCACUUACAAUUUUCAGCAUCUUUUCAUACUGCCCGUGUGCAUUUCGAUAAACAGCCUGUUAACCUACUGCUUUGAGCUUGCUCUAAGAGUGCUUUGUAUGGGACAGCAAGCUGGGUACAGGAAUAACCUGCAUUCACUUGGUUAUAAAUAAAUCAGAAACAGGA